CAUACAAGAGGUAGAAAAAUAUGGAAUGCAGUACAAACUGAUCUCAGAAAAACGUGAUCUUGAGGAGACCUAUUCUGCAUUCUCAAAGAGCUGAGAAUCCCUGAGUUUUGAUGGGACAUAAGGAAGUCAAAGAAGAAAAUGACUAUUCACUGCAUAGAUUGCAUUUUUUUUACACAAUGGCCACACCCUCAUAAUUUCAUACAAGUUUUCUCAGUUCAAGGUCACUUGAGUUGGUGAAGAGUUGAGAAGAGUUACGAGUCAGCCAUGAGAAACCGUACAUCAUUAUCUACAUUCAUACUUCUGGGACUGACAGGUGAUCCUCAAAUGCAGGUUCUCAUUUUUCUAUUUCUGUUUGUCUCCUACACGCUGAGUAUAACUGGGAACCUGACCAUCAUUAUACUCACUUUAGUAGAUUCUCGCCUUAAAACUGCCAUGUACUUUUUCCUCAAACACUUCUCCUUUUUAGAAACCUUCUUCACUACGGUCUGCAUCCCCAGGUUCCUAUACAGCUUAUCAACUGGGGACAAAACUAUCUCCUAUAAUGCUUGUGUGGCUCAAUUAUUUUUUGUCUUCCUUUUUGGAGCCACAGAAUUUUUUCUCCUGGCUGCCAUGUCCUAUGACCGCUACGUGGCCAUCUGCAAACCCUUACAUUAUGCGACCAUCAUGAACAGCAGAGUCUGUGGAUGGCUUGUCAGCUGCUGCUGGAUAGCAGGUUGGUUGGUCAUACUUCCACCACUGUGCCUGGGCUUAAACCUGGAAUUCUGUGACUCUAAUAUCAUUGAUCAUUUUGCCUGUGAUGCUUCUCCUCUGCUGAAGAUAUCUUGUUCAGACACAUGGUUCAUAGAACAGAUGGCUGUGGCCCUUGCUGUGCUGACUGACAUCAUGACACUUCUGUGUGUAGUCAUGUCCUAUACCUACAUCAUCAAGACCAUCAUAAAGUUCCCUUCUGCCCAGCAAAAGAUGAAGGCCUUCUCUACCUGCUCUUCUCACUUGAUAGUGGUUUCUAUCACCUAUGGAAGUUGUUUCUUCAUCUAUGUCAAACCUUCAGCAAAGGAUGAAGUCGCAAUUAAUAAGUGUGUGUCCGUGCUCACUACUUCAGUUUCCCCCAUGUUAAACCCAUUUAUUUAUACUCUGCGGAACAAGCAAGUGAAACAAGCUUUCACAGAUGUAAUCAAAAGAAUACCAUUGAUCUCAAAGAAGUAAUGUUGAAAGUCAGUA